GUACUGGAGAAGUAUUCCAACACACCCAUGAGCCAUAAAGAAAUUCUUCAGGUGAUCCAAAGAGAGGGUUUGAAAGAGAUCAGAAGGUAAGAGAAACUGUUGUAUAAACCGUUUUAAAAUAACUCUUCUUAACACACUUUAACUGCAUGGAUUUAAAUUAAAUGUCGCCCAUCACUUAAUAAAUAGAUGAAGACAAUGCGGCACUUGCAGUUCUGUAAGCUUCAAGAAAGAGCAAUUCAUUUGUAGAAUGAUUUUCAAUGCAUGGUGAUGUCUGCCUUGGUAGCUUUAGGUUUUUUUUUUGUUUUUGUUUUUUGCAAAUUAAGAACAUCUUCAGCUUGUGUCUGUAACUAGAGGCUGUCAGCAAUUCUAACAUGAUCUAGCAUGCUUAGCCACUUAGGAUUUUGGAAUUGAAUCUUCAGGCAUCAAAGCUACAACAAGUAUGUGUCUUCUUCCUUUGUUUGAAUCAAGGAAUAAUUGUACUGUUUUUGCAGACUGAGGUACAGUAACCUUUUUUCCUCCCUUUCUUCAUUGUUAUUUUCCAGGGCUGUUUACUCAGGAGUGGUGCUUGUGUGUGUGUGUGUGUUUCUGUAAGCCCAAACAUUCUACCAUUUUACACACACACAGAUAUGUUAUUCUGACAUGUUUACAUUAUGAAGAAAAAUAUAGCAGAUUAUUUUAACUACUGUAUGUAAUUUGACUCAAAGGGAAAGGAUACAUCUGAGUCCUGUGACUAGAGGAGAGGUAAUCUAGGAAAUUGAGAGACAGAAUGGAGAGUGAUGCAGAGCAGUUUGCUCCUGAUUCAUUUAGUAUUAAAUAGCAGUUUCAGUGGAGUGUGCCUGGCAAAAACCAGACUGGAGGGGGUUGAGUAGAGACUGUGUUAACAGGAUGUCAGAGCGCUGACGGUGUCCUCGAGAGAGGAACGGGAGGAGGGAGAAAGGACGGUAGUUCCGGAGGGAUGAGGGAUCCAGGGAGGGUUUUUUUUUUUAAGAUGGGGGUGAUGCAGGCCUGUUUUGAAGGUAGAGGGGAAACAGCCAGAGAGCAGAGAGGUGUUGAGAAGAGAGGAGAUCAAAGAGAGUAGAGCAGAGGCAGCAGAUCAACAUCAAGUUUCCAAGGGAUCCUGCAAAACAGCAGCAGUAGCACACAAUAACAGCCAGUUAAAUAAAUAAUUGGGGAAAAUAACGGGUGUGUCUGCAUUUUCAUUUCCCUUAUGGGCUUGAAAAUUAUAAUGCAGCACUUGCAAAAUUAAUACUCUAAAUAGUCAUUAACACAUUUUUUUUUUAAAGAAAAAAACUCACCCAAUAAACAUACCAAAACAGAAAUAAACUACUGAGACAAUGCAUUAAUCUUAAACUGUUUAUUAUUUGUUUUAGAAUUAUUAUUAGUGGUUUUUUUUUCCUUUCAGAAAAGAACAUUGCACGAAUGACGAUUUGGAGUAAAAACAUCAUUAUUUUUACAGUACUGAAAUGAAAACUGAGAUACUAUAGUACAAUUCAGUUACAAUUGAUAAUUUAUGAAGCAUGCUAUCAAAAUAAGCCACUUAUGUUUCUGUAUUGUUUACCUAAAUACUGUACAGAACUGAGCCUUGUUGGUUGAAUAAUUUUUUAAGGUCAGUGAAGGCUGCAGCUGUUGUCUAAAAUUAGCCAUGACAGUCUUUAAAAAGUACAUGGUGCAGCGGUUUGUGAAAUAAUUACAGGAUAUUACAAACCGGGUUGUGUUGUAUAAAACCUCAAUUCUGUGGAAAGAGCCUUUUAAUACUGCUUUUUGCUUUUUAUAGCAAAAUAAUGUAAAGGGGAAAAAGCAGGGUGAAAGAAUCAAGUGAAUUAAGAAGGACAUACUGUUUCAAAUAACAGGAGAACCAUUUUACACUAUUUCUGUUUUGAUUACCUAAUGGCUUCAAUAAUAAUAGCACAGACACACUGUAAUAAGCACAGUAAAUAUACCCUUAAACUUGAAUGCGGUAUGCUUUCACAGAUAAGAGGUACCUGUGCUUGUUCUGGUAUAAUUGGUUUUCAUUCCUAUUUCUAGUGGGACUUCUCCUCUGGCAUGUUUAAAUGCAAUGCUACACACCAACUCUCGAGGGGAAGAGGGAAUUUUCUACAAAGUACCUGGUCGUAUGGGAGUCUACACAUUGAAGAAGGACAUAUCAGACAGUGCAAAGGAGUUGUCGGAGGAAGGCUCUGAAGAUAGCAGCGACAAUCAUUCAGAUUCACAGAGCACCGAGAACAACAAUAACAGCAACAAAGACAUGAAGAAGAGCAAGUGGAAACGGAAAGUGCCCUCCAAACUCCAAUCGCAGCCUCCAUCACCUCAGUCCAGAUGCCAGUCGCCCUCCAUUACAGCGAGUAAGGUCAUCUCCCCGUCACAGAAACACAGCAAGAAAGCACUCAAACAGGCCCUGAAGCAGCAGCAGCAGAAGAACCAGCGGAGACAGGGAGCAGUGGCUGCUUCCUCGAACCCACGAUUUCUCCUCAAGACCGUCAAAGACAUGGGCGACCAGACGGCUUCCAAAACUGGGUGGGAGGUGAAGCAGUCGGACAGACGAUCGUCCAGCCCUCAGAACUCCACCUCCAGCUCAUCGUCUUCUGUGAAAACAGACCAGUCCUCUUCAGCAGCUGGCAAGAAAACAUCUCAGAGGUCUGACAGACUCAAUGCAAGGCAGCUGAAGCGUUCAAAAUGUGCAGAGAUCGACGUGGAAACUCCAGACUCCAUCUUGGUGAACACCAACUUGCGGGCCUUGAUAAACAAGCACACUUUCUGUGUGUUACCCCCGGAGUGCCAGCAGCGUUUACUGAGCCUUCUGCCAGAGGUGGAUAGGCAGGUGAGUGCUGAUGGAUUGAUGAAGUUGAGCAGCUCGGCCUUAAAUAAUGAAUUCUUUACAUCUGCAGCUCAGUCCUGGAAGGACAGAUUAUCAGAGGGUGAGUUCACACCAGAGAUGCGACUGAGAAUACGACAGGAGAUUGAAAAAGAAAAGAAGGUGGAGCUGUGGAAGGAACAUUUUUUCGAGAGAUACUAUGGCGAGAAUUCUGGUCUAAGCUUGGAAGAAUCCAAAAUGCUGACAGUAGGCACGAAGAACCCAGAGGCCACCAUACAUCAGCCCACCCCCUCAGCCCCCAGGCAGGCGUCUGCAGUGAAGACAGCGGUGAAGGCUGAGCUCAAGGAGGAACUCAAGGUUAAAAUAGACAAAAAAUCUGCCUCUGAAAUUAAGAAAGAUGACAAGAAAGACUCUGGAGCAAUAGAAAUUUUAAAGACAAAUCCCAGAGAUAAAAUGCUUAAAACAGAGAGGUCACAAGCCAGAGCAGGCCAUGAAAAGACUCCAGAAAGCCAUGUAGUUGAGAAGCCUGUUGUGGCUGAAGCAAAAGCAGUUUCAACACCAGUUAAAGUCAAAACCGAGGAAGAAGCAAAAGACAUAGAGUUCCUGACGACAGACUCACAGGAGCAGGGUGGAUCCAAACUAAAGGUGUCUCCACAGAGCACUAAAAUGCCCAGUCAUGACCAAAUGGAAGUGACCAUGACACCAGUGGACAAACAAGAGGGUGAUAGACUCAGGAAGAUGCCGGAGGCAGAGCAAAUGGAUGUCGCCCAGGCGGGACUGAAGAGAAAGUCCCCUUGUCAGCAGGAGGAGGUGCUGUCAAGCCCUGAGAAGAGGCCCCGGGUGUCAGAGCAGCAGUUAUUUCGGACCCCUCCCAAAAGCCCUCCCAACAGCAGGGAAAACACUCCAGAGCCAAAGGUCCCUCCACUCAAGAUUCCAGUCUCAAGGAUCUUGCAAGCCCCUGCUGGUCAGGUCUCUCCCAGGGCCCCAUUCACAUCCCCAAUCACCAGUCCUGGGCGUACAGGGGCACGCACCUUGGCCGACAUCAAGGCUAAAGCCCAGUUGGCCAGGGCCCAGCGGGCAGCUGCUGCUGCUGCAGCAGCCGCAGCAGCCACAGCUUCAUCUUCGGGGGGUGCCGUGCCGGGCCCUGGGCCAGGGGGAGGAGGUGGCCCUGAGGGGGCCAGUGGCACAGGAGAUGCAGUUAGUGAGUUGGGUACAAGGGGGAUCACAGCGGAUCUGGGAAGAGCUGGAGGAAGGGGAGCUGCGGGAGGGAUUCUUCUUGCCGGUCCAGAGGCCCAGGCCAAGAGCUUAUCCUCCACUGGCUGUGACUCGAGAACACAAUUACAGCAAACCUCCACACCAGAGGCCAGAGCCUGCUAUACUAGCACAGCCUCCAACUCGCUGUCUGCAAGAUCCCCACCAGCCACCACAUCUCCAAUAGGGGAUUCCAGCACAAAGAACACAGCUAGUCCGUUAUCGACUUCAUCGCAGUCAUCAAAGUCUGGCGGAGCAUCCAGUUUCACUUUUAAAGAGCAAUCGAAAUCAGCAGCUUCUGCUCUAGAUGUAACUCAGCCACCAACACAGUCAUCAACAGUACCAGUUACUGAUGAUGGUGAGACAGACACUGACAAAACUGGGAAAGCAGGAAUUACAGAACAAGUUGUUGAUUUGUCUAAGGAAAAAUAUGUAUCUCCUUUAGUACAACAGCCGUCAGCUUCUGUUGUCUCCACGGUGAAGCCCCUUGCCACAGUUUUGUCUCCGCAUUCUAGCAUUGCAGUAACCCUUGAGACUUCAAGCAGCAUUUUCUCCACAGCAUCAAGCCAAAAGACACCAGAGACCCAUCCUGCAGACGGGCCUGUAACCAAGACUAGCUCUUCCAUCCCUGCAAACAACCCACUUGUCACCCAGCUUCUACAAGGAAAAGAAGUCCCCCUUGAGCAAAUACUUCCAAAAAUCCUAACCAGAAUUGAGGUGAAACCCCUUAUCGUGGCCUCGUGUGAUAAAGGGAAGAUGUCUAAUGCUACCACAGUGGUAGUGUCUGUGGCAAACAGCGAGCAUCAAUCCAGAGCCUACCCAGAACUCUAUGGAAAAGCAGUCAACUCACAAAGGCAAUUGUGGCCAAGCCAGGUGAUGAUGGGUAGAAUGGACCUUGCCCAACAACAAAGAGAAAUGCUCAAUAAGACCACACAGCAACAGAUACUGCAGACACUCAUUGAGAGGGCCCAGAGUCAACAUUUUAUCCCAGUGUCACAUCCUUCACAACAGGGGUUCUGCCACUUUGACCUCCCAAUAGAAGAAAAUUCCAGCAGUCAAAGAUUUGCAUUGGGUUUCAUGGGCCGGAAAAGAACCUCCAAGCCCGCCAUGUCAGGCCAUUACCUUCUCAACAUCUCAACUUAUGGGAGAGGUUCUGAGAGCUACAAACGGGCUCAACUGGCCAACACGGAGAACCGUCUGGGAAUGAAUGCCCCCUUUGCUGCCUUGAAGAAGGAAUUCAAAGAGGGUAAUAUGACUGCUGGGGAAAGUGAAGAGCAACACUCAUUUGAAAGAUCUGAUGAUUUGGCAGCAGGCCAGUCUGAACUUUCAGCUGUCAAGAAAGAGCAGCAGAGGCCUCUGGAUGUGGAAAGAAUUGGAGUGAGCCUGAGUAACAUUAAAUCUGAUUCAUUGCUUGACGUCAGUUACAAUCACAGGGUGAAGCUUGAGUCUGCCUUGCUAGAUCAGUUACCAAACAGGGAGGAGGACUCAACCCUGUCACCCAGCAAGGAUGGUGUGGCCAUAGCCAAAGAAAUUGACCAAGAAUCCAAGUCUAGCAUAGCUAACAGUGAAGCUGGCAAUCAUCCGCAGGGUACCUCAGAACUUUAUCAAAUGCCAGUUUCUGCAGGAAACCACCAGCAUCAAGAGUCUAUUCGCCAGCAGAGGAAGUUGUAUGAAAACCAUAGCUCAGAGGUUGGACAUUUUUAUGGUGGGAAAAUCAAUGUGUCUACAUCACAUGCCCUGACUCACAGUUCCAAGGCACCUGGGAACUCCCCAGGCUACAGCCCAGUAUCAAGCAGUGGUGGAAGUGUCAUGUCUUUUUCAGUGACUGUCACAACAAUUCCUGCCAGCCAUACCUUAGACCAUGUCAGUCAUGGGGAAACAACACCAAUGCAGGCUUUCACAGAAGGCUCUGGCAUAGAGGACUCUCCUUCAAACUGUUACUGCAGGCUGAAAGCCAUGAUCAUGUGCAAGGGUUGUGGAGCAUUUUGUCACGAUGACUGCAUUGGCCCUUCCAAACUGUGCGUCUCAUGUCUAGUGGUGCGAUAAGAAAUAAAAAAAAAAUAAACACUGAUUGGUUUUAAUCAGGAUUAUUUAUUGUAAUCUCUUAUUUUAUAUAUAUAUAUAUAUAUAUAUAUAUAUAUAUAAAGAAGACAGCACCUUAUACUAGACUUGAGUCACUUGUGUUUGUGAAUUGUGACAGAUUUUGCACUUAAAGAAUCACAUCGUUAUUGCACAAUAUUUUAUUAAA